AUGGCAUCAAGCUCGGGUUGGACAGCGAAGCAGAACAAGAGAUUUGAGAAUGCCUUGGCCAUCUUCGACAAGGACACCCCAGACAAGUGGCACAACCUGGCCACAGCCGUUGGAGGGAAGACGGUGGACGAAGUGAAAAGGCAUUAUGAGAAGCUGGUUGAAGAUGUGAAGCAGAUAGAGGAAGGUCACGUGCCCCUCCCCAAUUACAGAAAUGUUGCAACAGUGGGAAGCACCGUCAGAGGUUACAAUUACAUAGAUGAAGAGAAAAGGAUGAAGGCUCUGAGUCUCCAGUGA